UUGCUUUUUGCAUUCUAAGGAGGAAGGGAGUGAUCGAAACCAGCCACACGGGAGGAGGUUCCAUCACGAGAGAGAUGUCAUUUUCCUCCCCGUGGAAGGUCUAAUAAUCACACAUCUCCCUAAGUCUCGUCUUUUCAGUCCUUCUAGGUUUUGAAGAAUGGGAGAUUUAAACAGGUUGUCAAACACGAGAAAUUUCGGAUUCAUUGGAAGACAAUCACGAGUUCCCCAAAAAAACAUCGGAAAAAAUAUUUCUCCACUUUAUAAUAUGCACCACAGUGCUUCUUUAGAUGAUCUUCUCACAGAGGAACAACCAGCUUGGCUCGAUGAGCUCUUAAGUGAGCCAAAGUCACCUAAGAUUAACAAAGGUCAUAGACGUUCAGCUAGUGACACAGCUGCUUACUUGCACUCAGCUAUAAUGCCUUUCAAGGAAGACGAGCUUAUGAAAAGUCAUGUUGCUGGUCCUUCUUGGCAAUUUCAGAACUAUGAUUUGUGGCAGUCUACCACAAAUGGAACCAAUUUCCAAACACAAUCAUACGGAGCUAUUAAUAGAUUAAGUACCCCAAAUUCAAAAGCCAUUGAGAAACAUGUAGGAAAAAUGAAAGAGGGAACUUCCACAAAACCAGAUGGUUCUGGAUCAAAGACUGACUCUAAACGUAUCAAACACCAAAAUGCUCAUAGAGCACGUUUAAGAAGGCUGGAAUACAUUUCAGAUCUCGAAAGGACCAUCCAAGUACUACAAGUUGAAGGAUGUGAAAUGUCAUCUGCCAUUCACUACUUGGAUCAACAGUUAAUCAUGCUUAGCAUGGAAAAUAGAGCUUUAAAACAACGUAUGGAUAGUUUAGCAGAAAUCCAAAAGCUAAAACAUGUGGAGCAACAAUUUCUUGAGAGAGAGAUAAGGAGUUUACAGUGUCGACGACAACAACAACCACUACAGAACCAAAAACAAGUGCAACCGAUACAACAAAACCGACACAAGAAAUAUCAACCACAUGUCACUCAAGAACCCGAAUCCCAGUUUGCAGCCUUGGCAAUAUGAUUUAUUUUUAGGAAAAUAUUGAUCCAUUCACAUUAAUUAUGCUUUGUAAGAGCUCUUCUUGCUCUUCUUAAUGUCGAUACACUAUAGGUAAAACCCCUUGAUGUUUGUAGUCUUGGAUGAAUUCCUGAAAAAAAUCAUAAUUAUGUAUAUCAAAAUGUGGUGCUCGCAUUUUUCUAUAUUGUAUUUCUCUAUUUAUGACAUGUUAUAGAAUCUAUUGUCAAAGAAAAAAAAAAACUUAU